AUGGCAACUUGUGAGUUAAAACAGCCUCUGCUGCAACAUGAGGAUAGCUUUGACGGAAGGUGUUUUGAAAAUUAUGCAAGACAUGAAGAGUCAUCUUCGGGAUAUGAAUCUACGGAUUCCGAAGCAGAAGUACCAGCAAGGUCCCAUGACUAUAAAAUUCCAACGGGUCGUCAAGAUAAUGAACACGUGAGUGCACGGGUUAAAAGCACACACGCUCUUUGUGAGAGUCUGAGACUUAUCAUGGAAAUUCCAGAGAUGUGUGACGUCACGUUCCUUGUCGGGCCACGUGAAAUACCCGUGCAUGGAGUUCGAGCCAUUCUUGGGACCCGAAGCAAAGUCCUGUACCAGCUUAUAAUCAAGCACCUGAAUAUACGUGAGACGGGGCUGAAAUACGCCAAACCUUCUCCUUUACGUCACUAUGGAGACCGACUUACCAUUCCUGUCAGGAAAUAUGACGCCGAGGUGUUCCGAAUGCUUAUGCAAUUCGUUCACAGCGGUACGGCCACCAUCUCAGAUUCCACCGUUUUCGGGUUACUGUGCGGAGCAGACCAGUUUGAGUUGAAGGACCUUGAACAAGCUUGUUGGGAGUAUAUGGACCGGCGAAUAGAAUUUAUUGCACGAUGGAAAGGCAGAGAUCUGCAUCCGCCAUCAGCUCCUCCAGAAAUUCUUACGCUUGAACCCGAGCAUUAA